CCUUCAAUCAGCCCCCCAAAAUAGCACAGGGAGAGGGAUCCACGCCCCUGUGAGUUCCCUGACUAUCUCCUCCUGCCCAGUCCAGUCCAGCCCAGCCCAGCCCAUUCCCGUUCUCAGCAGCCCACAAAGAGACAAAGAGACAAACAGAGAAGAGCCAGGAUAAGACCAAUACACAGCAUAGUGAAUUCCAUCUUGGAGAAAGAAUCUCAGCUUGGAAUAUAUUGGGACACUGGGAAUAUACACACAUAGCUAUAGAAGUGUGUUAGUGGACCCAGCAUUGACAGACACACUCCGACUGCGGGAAAAGAGUGUGCUUGACUUCUCAGAGGAACACACACGCACAUACAGGGCUAGCUGAUUGGGCCAAGGGUCUCCAUACAGUGGCACUGUGUGUCUGGCCUGUCCUGCACCAUGAAGCUGAGUGUGGCUCUGUUCUUCGCGGGGCUGUUCGGGGCUCUGGCGGCCAUGUUUGUCCUCCUCUCCUUCGGGACAGAUUACUGGCUCCUGGCCUCUGAGACAUGCGACGAAGAAACUAACAGAACCAUAGGACCUGGGGGUGUUACCAUAGAGCGUGGUGACAUGAUUCUGGUGGAACCCGGUAUGGGGUUCCCCCCAGACACCACCUUCUACCACGAGGGCUUCUUCUGGAGGUGCUCCUUCGGGGGAAACCUGGACGAUGACACCCUCUUGAAGUUCUGGAUCACCAAUCAGCCCCACUCUAAAGUCUGCACACACGCCUACCUCUUCCCCUUUCCUGUGUCUCAACAGACUCACAACGCCACCGCAUAUGACUCCGCAUUCAGUAAUUUCUAA